UGUCGCCUCGCGUGUCCGAUGGUCCACGUUGCUGCUAUAUGGAUGGACACGUGAUUCUCAACACACAAGGGGUUCUUGAUUCAGUGGUUGCACCUGCAAAAGGCAUCCGGACAGAGUGUCCGGACGCACCCUCCGAUGGUUUUAUUAGCCAUGGUGAGAAAGAGAUAUAUCAAUCAGUUGGCUUUUUUCUAGGUAUCAAGAGGUUACCAGGAGAUCCCCUUUCUUCUUCGUGCGAAGGUAUAUAUAUCCAGCUUCAGGGGUACUGUUCCUCUCAUUAAUGGGGAGGAGAUCUUUUCUGUUGUGAUGAUGACAAUAGGUGUUAGUAGGAGCAAUAUCAUCCUAUGAAUGGCUGUCAGAGACUAUGGUAGGUGAUGCGGCCGUCAGAGAUCGUGGGAAGCGAUUAUGCAGAAUGAUCGUGGGAAGUGACUUGCUGUCACUUCCUCUUGUCUUCUCAUUCUGCAGGUGAUGGGAUGUGGACCAUGGCUGCUUGUUGUGGUUGCGUGUAAGACUCGCUUUACUUUAAUUGACCAUCCAGAAGAUUUAUAUCCGGAUGGCUCAUGCUGACUAUCCGGAUGUGUUGUGGAGACUAUCCGGAUGUGUACGCUCUGCCAGCGUCGUUUGCUCUUCCUUGGAUAGGAGAAGAUGAAACGUCGUUUGCCUUUCCUUGAGGCGGUCCGGAUAGGAUGUCUAUACCAUGCAUAUCCUUAGGGGAAUCCGGAUAAUGAUGGUCCGGCUGAUAGGGGAAUCCGGAUAAUGAUGGUCCGGCUGAUAACACGUGCCACGCGUCACUAUGAGCCGCGUGCCACGUGUUUCCCAAGGGGAGGGGUCCCUACAUUGCCCCCCUUUUUAACUUGCCUAUUUUGCCCAAAAAAUGGGCGGGUUAAAAAUAACUGGCUUUUGAAAACUGAAGAAGUCUCUUCGUCUGACUGGGCCACGUGGCGAGUGGGGGUGCGGAAGCCAAAAAGGCAUUUUUUAUGACGAGCCGCCGACCCUGCGUAUCCCCAGACAAUAUGUCGUUUCAAUGAUAACAUGGCUGUUGGUUUGGCUUUCCGAGGGGCUGUCCUGCUAUAAAUAGGUGCUUUUGUAUCGCAACUUUGUUGGUUUGCUGCUGGUGAUUUCGUAUCAAGGCGGUACCCGUUCUUCUUCUUCGGUGCUGUAUUUGAUUUUGCUUUGGCUUUGUGGUAAGAAAUGGCUCCAAAAAAGAUUGUUUCGUCUGUCCGGGUCAGCGAGGCUAGCGAAAAGGCGAUAGACAAAUUAAAUGCGAAGGAGUUCCGGGAGCGAUUCCUGAUCCCCCAUGACGUAUUGAUAGACCUGGUGAACGAGGAGGCGGCUAUGCCUACUGAGAAAGGUGGAAAAAACGCUAUCCUCUUCACAAAGGAACAAUUCAACGCGGGGCUCCGGUUCCCUCUGCCGGCGUUGUUCAAGGAAUUCCUCCACUUCUCUCAAAUUCCCCCCAUCUUUAUUCACCCCAACCUUGUCCGGGUGCUGAUGGGAUGCAGCAUCAUCAACAUGCUGUACAGCCUCGACCUGACGCUACUGGAAGUGUUCUUUGUCUAUUCCCUGAAGAAAGCAAAGAAUGAUAUCUUCAGUGUGUCCGCUCACCUGCCCUCCCUUCAAAUGGUGACAGAACUGCCAGAUUCGACAAAGGGAGGGGCGAAGGGGCUGGUGGCAGUCUGGGGUGGAUGGGCGGGGCUAUCGCAGCAUCCGUCGAGGCCUUUUUCUCCGAAUUAUACCCUAAAAGUUCCGGGUUUGGAAUUGAGGGGCCACCUUGUGGAUUGGGUGGAAAAGGCAUCCUUUGCCUGUGUCUGCAAAUUAUUUGAAAUAGAUCCCAAGGAGAGGGCCUACAAAACAUUGCUCUCGGCGCGGAAUUUGACAGAGGUCGUCCGGGAGCCCCAGGAAUAUGUUAUCAACAUCCUUCCUAGGAAAUUGGCAAAGGAUGAGAUAGUGCCUGGGGAGCAUUAUACAGUGAAAGAGCUCCCCCUCUAUCAGGAAGCUAAAGAAGCUGACGCUGAAAGGCGGCGAAAGCUCCUGGAGGAUAGAGAUCAGAAAAAGACUGAAGGCACUAUCCGGAAGGCUCCCGGGCAGAAGCGGGGUCCGGACUCCCCUCCGAAGAAAACUUCAGGAAAAAGGGGGAAGCUGGUGAAGAAGCAUGGGAAGGAUGCGAAGGAACCCACUCCUCCCAAGGAGUUUCCUCCUCCACAAACUACCUAUGAGGGGGAAGUAAUGAUAGAGGAGCCAGUAAAUGCUGCUCCGCAUUCUAUCUCAAGCGGCCCCGGGCGCAUGUCGGGGUUGAAUCACUCAGGUCCCUCCUUAAUCGCGGCUGCGCGUCUAGCCAACGUGGCUGAGGAAGCUGCAUCUAUCAACCAUCCGGGCAACCUCAAUCCGGAUGCAGCUGAAACGGCCCCGUUGGAGGAAGCGGGGGCAGAAAGCCAAAGUCAGCCUUCCGACGACCCGGAUCGCCUGGCUAUAGUCCUGGUGAAAGAGCCUCCCCUCAAGAAGCCGCGUUUGACGCGCGAUCUACAGUCCGGACUCUUUGAGCGGCUUCAAGAGCGGCAGCAAGAGAUUGAAAUUAGUUGCGCUUCUGCCCAUGACGCUCAUCCGGAUGGAGGCGAGGUGGAGAUGGCUACUGAGACCUCAGCCGUUCCGGCAAUAAUUCCGGCUGAGGAUGCAUCCGGACCUAUGUGCCCGGACGAAAAUAUGGGGGCUCCGAUUCCGGGACACGAGCUACCCUCUCCUUCCUCAUCCGAGGAGCAAUCUGCUGAUGAUGCCGCUCCCGCUAGCCCUUUCAGCUACGCGGAGUUGGAAGCUAAGUUAAAGCAGAUUACUCCUGACUGGAAAGCCAUCAAGCCCUCUGCUAAGAUGUUUGAUAUGAUAGAAACGCUGGUGAGGGGCCUCCGCAGCAUGUCUCAACAACACGCUCUUUUUACUCAGCUGCUGCAGACCGCAGACUAUAUGAGGACCUUCUCCUCUCGGCACCAAGAGAUUGAAAAUCAACUGCGUCUGAGAAUGGAGGAGGCUGAGGCCAGUCUAUCCACCAUGCGAGAGGAAAAUGAAGCCCUCCGGGUGGAGUUGGCUGAGGCAAAGGGUCAAGAAGAAUCAACUGCGGGCCGCCUUCAUGAGGCGGAGGGUGAGGCAGCCCGGCUAAGGGAUGAAUUGAGUCGACUCCGGACAGAAGUUUUGAAUGAAAAGAAACAGAAGGAAGACUUGCAGCUGCGUCUGGAUGUGCAAAAAGAGGAACUUGAACGGGAGUUUGCUGUGGAAAGGGAGGAACUUGCAGCGGAUUACCAGAGACAAGUGGAUGAUACAUUUAUCUUUGGGUAUCGCUGCUGCAUGAAGAAGAACGGUAUAAAGCGAGAUACCCCUUCAAUUCCUCCAAGUGAAGAAAAGAAGCUCCAUGAGAAACCUGCUCCCCGAUAGUUUAUAUCUUCUUGCAAUUUUUCUGCUGUAAUUUUUCCUUCUGUAUAUUUUUGUGGUCCGGAUGUCUCUUUGUAAUUUACAUUUACUCAUAUCAAUAAAACUUACUUCUUUCUCA